CCUCCUUUCCUGUGGCCUUUGGUCACCCUGGGCUUCAUGACCUGGGGCCUCAGCGCAGCAUGGAAACGCAGGGCCCCCAGUUCCCUAAGUCUUCACAGAUUCAGGAUGGUAGCUGCAGGGUAUUGGGCUGAGCACAGUCUCCGGGGUGUAGGGCCUGUGGGGCUGCCCUGGUCACAUUUUCUGAUUUGAACGGUGAGUUUGGAAUGCCUCCCUGUGGAUUUGGAAGUCAUGGCAGAGCCAUUCUGAGGUGGGGAACACGGAGCUCCCCAACCCUGAUGAGCAUUUCCUUCAACUCUGUGGGGAUGCGUGGGGGAAGGUGGUUGGAGAAUCGCCUUUAACGAGUUCUUUUAAAAGGGCAGUCAAGAAAAACUACUCUCGGGGGGCCUAAUAACAAAGUUAAACAAGGGGGGGAGGGAGGAAGGAGACCCCCUCGUUGGCUCCUUUAUUCCUCCGCUGGAGGCUCCCUGUAACUAUGACAACCUGGCUGUCCCAGCCAACCGCCCAGGGCCGCAGAAGGGGCGCUCGAGGCCGCGCUUUUCGGUGGCAAAACUAUGGCUUUGCUCUUCUGCUGAACUCCAAGAUGCUUUCCUCUUUGUCCCAGGAAAAGGAGCACACAGGUAAAAUGUCUGUUCCAGGAUCCUACCAGGCGGCCGCCGGGCCUUCCUCGGUGCCAACUGCACCCCCAUCCUACGACGAGACAGUGGCCGUCAACAGUUACUUCCCCAUGCCUCCUGCCCUCGUGCCGGGGCCGACCACAGGGCUGGUGACCGGCCCGGACGGCAAGGGCAUGAAUCCGCCUGCCUACUACACGCAGCCAAUGCCCGGCCCCAACGCCAAUGCAAUUGCUGUGCAGACCGUGUACGUGCAGCGGCCUGUCUCCUUUUUCGACCGUCCGGUCCAGAUGUGCUGUCCUUCCUGCAACAAGGUGAUCGUGACUCAGCUGUCCUAUAAUGCCGGCGCCCUCACCUGGCUCUCCUGCGGGAGCCUGUGCCUGCUGGGGUGCAUAGCGGGUUGCUGCUUCAUCCCCUUCUGUGUGGAUGCCCUGCAGGACGUGGACCACUACUGUCCCAACUGCAAAGCUCUCCUGGGCACCUACAAGCGCUUGUAGGACUCGGCCCGACCUGCAGGGCGCCGCAUGCUGCCGGAAGCGCUCUCCGCCUCUCACCCCGUCCCGCCCCUGGUGUGUGUGUGUGGGGGGGUCCCACCUCGGUAGCCGCAUCUCUCCAGGGGCUUCACCUUCGUGUCUUCUUUUGGGGGAAAAAAUAUCGCAAAAGUAACACACCUCCUCCAGAACCCCAGAGAUUGCUGCUUGGAGGUGUGCACAGGACAUGCAAAGACAUUCACCUCGAGUGCUGGUUCCCGCCUACCAUGUCGCCAAGUCACCCACCUGACUGUUGCCCCAUCGGAAUAUCUUCUGGCGAUUGGCCAUCGGCUGGCUUCACUUCUUGCCUCCGUAGGCCUUUCUGGGGAGAGGUCUCAAGCUGAGAAGCCACAGGUUGCCUUAUUUUUCGAGACUGUUCUGGCCCGAAUACGGCCGACCCCGCCUUUAGUGCCUGCGUCCGUCCACCUGUUCCCAUUUCUCGUGACAAAAAUCUUUGCCUCGUCGGCGAAGGGCUUGGCUCUCAGAGCCUGUCACUGUGGGCUUUUCAUUAGCACACAAAUUCACUUUACUUUUUUCAUUCCUUUUUUAAGUGCCAGGGGGAGCUAUUCCCACCCACGAGGUCCUACAUGUGAGCUGGAGAUGCAGGGCUGGCUCUUACCGCGGACCUGCCCCCCGGCCCCCAACCCCAUUCUCGGCACCAGAUCCUCAGCCCCUUCCGGGGAAGGGCUUUUUUUCUUCUAGGGGAAUUGUUUGUCUUAACAACUGUUUUUUCUGACCUCCUUUUCGUCUUCAUUUUGAAAUACAGAACCAUUUUUCUUAACCAUAUGAUUGCUACCACUUACUAUUGAUCAACGCAUUCUUUUUUUUUUUUUUUUUUGGUCCUUAACAGAAAAAGCAAUGGAUAAUCUUAUCCUUUUAUCCACUGCCUCUACUUGGGGUUAGUGCGGUUCUUAAAAACAUCUGUAAUGGGACUCUUCAAGGGGGACCUCUUUGGGAAACCCAGCGGUGUGUUUAGAGAGACAGAGGAAUGCACAGGGUGAGCACAUCUGGGUACCAUGGUGCUGGAGAGCUUGGGGACCUGACGCCUCAAAGGAAUCUAAAUUCUGAUUUUAUUUUUCAGAAAUAGAAUUUGUUGUAGGACAUCAGAAGACAUGAUUUCUAGGACUCAAUCAACAAGCCAGAGUUCUCGGUUAGCGCUGCGUCAUCUCCGAAAUCAAGAUAAAGCUGGGCUCGACUUCCUCGAGAGUCCCCGUUUUGAUAAUAAAUAGGCACAGGGAAUGCAUGUGAAUAAUAAUAUGUAGAAAUCAAGCCUAGACCUGGAACGAAAAUCUGUAUAUUGGCCAAAAAUUAUAGCUGUAACCAGUGAUCCAGCUUAUUCAUUCGAUGUUUUGAAAGUUCCAGUAAUUAUUUUUGCAACAAAUACGGAUACUACAUAGUACUUUGGUGUUAUCUGCUUUUGAAAAAAUAAAGUCUUUGGUUCACUCAGUGAACUAUUUAUCAGUU